UCUUGCUGUCAGCACCUCGGACAGCUCCAGCGGCUCGGAGCCAAAAUCCGAGGCUCUGAUUUGGUUUGUUUAUUUGCACAGGUGUCAAUGCAAGACGCGAUUUCCCCGCAGUCAAGGGGCGCGUGAAAAGGAGCGCUUUUUUCCCUCUCCUCAUCCUUCUCGCCUUUCCUGCAGCGACAGUCUCAGCCCGAUAGAUCUGGAGGAACAUUAUUAUUUAGUACUAUUUAAAAGGUCUCAUUUUAGUGAAUUCCGGUGUCUUUGAACGUGCAGAUGAGAAGAAAUGAAGCAACGCGUUGCUGAAUCACCAGGGGCCGCGAGGAGCGAUGAAGCCGUGCGCUUGAAGUAGUGUGGCCCGGUCUUUUCUGCCCAGAAAGCCCCGCAGUUUUUCUUUCGCUUUUGCAGCGCCGGUUUGUGAAGAUGUUGCUGCUCCUCGCGACGAUGUCUUCGGCCUUUUUCAGCUCCGGCUUUGCCCUCAGCUCACAUUUCAACCCGGAUGGUGCUCCACUGAGUGAGCUGUCCUGGUCAUCCUCCCUGGCUGUGGUUGCCAUCUCCUUCUCUGGUCUCUUUACCUUCGUCUUCCUCAUGCUGGCCUGCCUCUGUUGCAAGAAAGGAAAGAUUGGCUUCAAGGAAUUUAAGAAUGUGGAUGGGGAUGAGUACCAUGCAGAUAUGUCCACCUUGGCCUCGCCAGCCUCCCAGUGCAGCCCAGAUGUCUACAUCCUGCCGCUCACUGAGGUGUCCCUGCCGACGGCCAAGCAACCUGCCCGAUCAGUCCAGCUCCUGAAGUCCACAGAUUUGGGCCGUCACAGUCUCCUCUACCUGAAAGAGAUCGGGAAUGGCUGGUUCGGGAAGGUUCUGCUGGGUGAGGUGAACGCAGGCUUAAAUACAAUGCAGGUGGUGGUGAAGGAGCUCAAAGCCAGUGCCAGUGUGCAGGACCAGAUGCACUUCCUGGAUGAAGCUCAACCUUACCGCACCCUCCAGCAUCCCGCGCUGCUGCAGUGUCUGACUCAGUGCACCGAGGUCACACCCUACCUGCUGGUGAUGGAGUUCUGUCCUCUGGGGGAUGUGAAAGGUUACCUCCGAAGCUGCAGGUCUAAUGAAACCAUCAUCCCAGAGCCCCUGAUUCUCCAGCGGAUGGCCUGUGAUAUUGCAUCGGGACUCUUGCACCUGCAUAAACACAACUUCACACACAGCGACCUGGCUUUGAGGAACUGCUUGUUGACUGCCGACGUCUCAGUGAAGAUCGGAGAUUACGGUCUGGGACACACCAAAUACAAGGACGACUACUACGUGACAUCGGAUCAGAUGUACGUGCCACUGCGCUGGAUUGCUCCGGAGCUGGUGGAUGAAGUUCAUGGAAACCUGCUGGUGGCUGAUCAGACCCAACAGAGCAACAUCUGGUCUCUAGGGGUGACUAUCUGGGAGCUGUUUGAGCUGGGGAACCAACCCUACAGACACUACUCUGACCGACAGGUGCUGACAUACGCUGUGAGGGAGCAGCAGCUGCGACUACCCAGACCGCUGCUCAAGGCGCCGCUGGCUGAGCGCUGGUAUGAAGUGAUGCAGUUCUGCUGGCUCCAGCCCGAUCAAAGACCCAAUGCAGAGGAGGUCCACUUGUUGCUCAGCUACCUCUGUGCAAAGGGGGCCAGUGAGGCAGAGGAGGACUUUGAGAGGCGCUGGAACUCCCUGCGUCCCAACACUGGAUUCAACAGUCACUGUGGCACCACAUCCCGAGACCACCCCUCAUUAACCUCCUCCUCUUUUCCACUACUGGAGCAGUUUUCAGCUGGUGAUGGGUACCACUCAGAGUCUGGAGAUGACAUACUUACAGUCACAGAGACUGCUCAUGGCCUUAACUUUGAGUACAAAUGGGAGCAAGCCAGAGCAGACCAGCCAUAUCAAGCCCCUGACUCCUCUGGUACUAUGGUUCAGGCCAGCCAUCACUGUCAGGAAGCAUUUUACCCACCAGGGGGCAUUGUUGGAGGCUGCCCCAUGGAAAGCCUUGGCCAUGACGCUUCUCCUUCUUACUAUCAACCAAAACACUUUCAUCCCCCCAACGUGCUGCCUGUCCUCAGUGCCCACAGCCCCUCGGUAAGCAGUGAAUAUUACAUCCAUAUCGAGGAGCCAGUGGACUGCAACAUUGAUCCGGACUACACCAUGUGUUCAUACAGCCCAGACUAUCAAGGCAGCAGUGGAAGCUUCUUGACUGGGAGCGCAGACUCGGGUGAGUGCAUGGCCUGCCCAUCCCAGGCUAAGAACGUCGAUCCCUACUGGUCUGCAGACAUCCAUAAAUCUGAUGUGUACGACUCCAACGAUUCAAGUCCAGCUAUCUCCCUGACAAUGGAGCCCCUUUUAGGACACGUAUCAAACAACAGCCCCCUACAACCCUGGGAGUCUAGUCACUAUGUUUCCUAUAAAGAUCAAGACGGGGGUUAUUACUAUGAACACUCACCAUCUUUAGGAAUAGACCACUAUCUGUCUGGAGGCGAGCACUCCAGUGAGCAUCAUCAGGAAAGCUGGGGGUCAAAAAGCCUUCGUCAGGCUUUGGGUGAACUGGAGAACCCAAUGGGCAUAUCCCCACCUCUAAACACUCCACCACAACAGACUUACAGAGAUCCGUACCUGGACACAAGUCAGACCUCCAUCUUGGGGAAGAACAUGACUGGAGGCUAUUAUGACAUGAUGGGGUCUCUGAGGAAGACCAUGCCCAGGCACCACAGCCAUUCCGUCAGUAUCAACAUGGAGACUGAGGGGGCACUCUUCAUUGGACACAGAGACAGUGAUUCAGAGGAGGAAGAGGACAUAUUCAUUGAGAGACAUACCUGUAACACUUGGCCUUCAAAACACCAUCACAGCAGUGCGAGCCACCACAGACGGGUGAGCCACAGCUGCAGACAGGACAGCUAUGCUGAUUUCCACUACACAAUGCCGAGUACAGACAUUGAAGACUCCUGGCCAGAAGGGCACAGCCUGGCCUUUCACUCUCUGCCCAAACCCAUCGACUAUCUCGAGCCACACCAGGCCAAAGAUAACAGUGCCUGCCUCAAUCUGAGCAAACAUCAUGCUAUGGUGCCCCCAGACAACUGCAAUGCCUACAUUUACAUGUGCCAUGAUGUUGAGACUAAGGUGCCAGUAUCUGGAGAGUGCUGUCACUCUCACUUUGUUGACCCACUCACUGGCUUACUAGUGAGAAACAACAGCUAUUGUCACAGCUACAGUCACAGCAACUACAUUAGAGAUAAGCCUUUUGAUAUACAAAGCAAUGAAGAGAUGAUCAAUCUAUCUCCAGCUCCAGGGGGUCCCAUUGUGCCCAAACAAGUCCUGAAAAAGUCUGAGCACUUUGAGGAACAGUAUGUUGAUCUGACUACUGAUGACACCCUGUUUAAAGAGAAAAAGGAAGAAACAAUCAAGGAAAAUCUAAUCAUGCAGAAACCCCCAGUGCCCAGAGUAGAGGAGGUGACCCUGACCAUGACUAAAGCCACUCCACCUCCUGUUGACAACAUGCAUGUGAUGGUGGCCACCACAGAUCCACAGUCGGAGCUCAGUCACACUGCCGAUAGUGGUGUGGACCGUGGUGGCUCCACUGUGAGCCUCGCUGACAUUCUCGACUGCAGUGACGAAGAUGACGACAUCACAGAUGAUAUCACUGAUGUUACUUCCGGCAUCUUUGCGGAUGAGUCCAUCGAGUUGAAUGCCUCCCCUGCCUUCAAGUCACUAGAGAAGCAAGUAGGAACUCCUGAUUCCAUGGAUCUUCCAUCUGUAGCUGGGUCUUGUGAAGGCCUCAGCCCUGCAUCCUCUCACCCUUCCAGCUCGCCUAAAGCCAUGGACAGUGGUUAUGAUACUGAGAAUAAUGAGAGUCCUGAGUUUGUCCCCAAAGAAUCUCAUGAAACUCAAUCACAACCUCAGGGAAAGACAACCCUUGAUGCAAGUCUGGAGGAAGAUGAAGAGGACCAUGAGGUUGAGGAUAACAAGGCGCCCAUGGAGGCUGAAGAUCUGGCUUUAGAAGCCUCACAGACAGGUGAACAUAUUCUUUUACCACUGAGCGAUAAGAUGCCGUACAGAGACUCUGCCUACUUCUCAGAUUAUGAAAAUGAAAGGCAAAGUCGGGAUGAGGAGGAAGAACUCCAGUUAAGGACUAAAGAUGAACAAAAUGGUGGAAGGGAGCACCACAGUGGAGAAAAAAAGGCAGAGAAGAGGAUGAAUGAAGAGGAGGAAGAACUAAAAGAUGCUGUCGUUAACAAGGACUUAAAACUUGAAGAGGAACAUGUACCACAAGUAAUGAUUGAGUCCUCUUCUGCCUCAGAGAUGGAGGAGGGCUGUCAGGAUGUGGCACCAGGCUUACAUCUGGAGCCCUCUGACACUGCAUCGAUUGAGGGGGUACUGGAUGAAUGGCCAUCCCAGGAGGAGAGCUCAUCCUUGGGAGACUGGGCAGCUGAGGUGGUGGGGGCCAUGGAGGAAGCUCUCGGUGCCCUGAGUGGAGAUUGUUCCUCCAGUUCAAAGGUGAAUGAGAAGGAAGAAGACAUAAAAGAUCCUGUUCAAGUUUCAGAGACAACAGAGGAACCGACAAUAAAACCAGUUCAAAACAGGCCAUCGGGUAUAACCAGUGAAAUCCUGCACACCUUACCCAAGGACGAGGUUGCCUUGCAGCACACAGCAAACACCCGAAGAUUCUCUUCUUCAUCACCUCCACCACCAUCAUCCACCUCUCCUCCCCUACUACCUACGACAGAAGGCCGAGGGUCCUCAGCUAACAGGGAGGAGGCCGACAAGGAGGACGGGGAUAGCGGGGACAGCGAUGAGUCGGACGAGGAACUGCGGGCCUACGGUGAACAGGAGCAGAGCGGUGGGGAGGAAAGCGAGGACGAGUGCCACCCAGUGCCCAUUGUGGUGAGCGACGACAGCGAGGCCCACAAACUGAGAAGCCUCCUCAAGAUGCCAGAGAACCUGGAGGAGCUGGACCACAAAAAGAAGACUGUGUCUUUCUUUGAUGACGUUACCGUCUAUCUGUUUGAUCAAGAAAGCCCGACUAAAGAGCUGUCUGACCAUGGCUUCCCGUUAGGAACUAGUCAGAGCUCAGGGAGAAAAUCCCACGAGAGGCUCAGUGCCUCUGAUGACUCUUCAGAUGGGAACAUCUCGGAGGAGAGUGCAGGGUUCGAGUGGGAGGAUGACUUUCCCCUCCUCCCUCUGAUUACAUCCUCAUCAGCAGCAGAUUCCCCACCACCUCGUGCCGUCACCAAAGCCCCGGAGCCCAAACCAGCUGUGCAGUUUUCUCGCUUCACCGUCUCCCCGUCCAGUGUGUCCCGGUUUUCCAUCACUCACAUCUCUGACUCGGAUAUAGACUCAGCGGGAGGAAGCAGUGAAGACGGAGAAAAAGAAUAACAAGCUGUGGAUAUUUACUGCCUCUAUGUGACCACACCUGAGCCUGUUUCAGCAUGGCUUCUCAUAUAUUUUAACGUCAGGUUUUUGAAACACAAGACAGUGCCUCUUACCGCCUGCGGAUACUUUUAAAAGCUCCAUCUUACCACGACAUAGGACCGGCCUAAACCGUAGAGAAUCCUGAAAAGAGAAUUAUUCAUAUAUGAAAUGUACAAAAAUAUUAAUAUUUACUGUAUAGAAGCUAGUUUAUGAAACUGGGGAGGCUUGUUCGUUGGACUUAAAAUAUUUUUUCUGAUCAAAGAGAAAGUGGAAGGACAAACCCCUGAAAAGCAUCACAUUUUCCACCUCUGUCACUUUUUCAUUUAUAACUGGGAGCGUUGGUAAGAGUUUAAACUGUUGCAACUUUUUGGCUUUUCAACAAAACA